GUUCCUUCAAAUCUUUACUAGAAGACUAAACAUUGUUGAAGUGAGUAAUUAACUCAUAGCAGAGUAUGAGUGUGAUCAACUGCCUUUUCCUUUUUUACCUGAAGAUUUCUUUUUGCUAAAUUUCUGUGUCUCUCUAAUCAUUUUAAAAUUUAUGAUCACAUAAUCCCUAUAUUAUUCAAUUGAAAGAGAAAACUAUGUUUCUCUAAAUCUUCUAGCUUGGAGUACGAGGAGAAUCUCAUGUUCAUUGAUGGAGCUACACUUGCAAUCCUGUGCUCGAGUGCUCAAUACCGUCAACAGCAACCAAUAUCUUCCAAAUGGGAAGCAACUCCAUCUCGUUUUCCUCAAAAGGGGUGUCCUUAACUCUGCUCUAACAAUAGCCAAUCGCCUUCUCCAAAUGUACACAAGGUGUGGACAAAUGGCCGAUGCAGAGUUACUGUUCGAUGAAAUGUCUCAGAGAAACUGCUUCACUUGGAAUACCAUGAUUGAAGGGUAUAUGAAAUGGGGAAAGAUAAACAACUCUUUGGACUUGUUUCGUUUAAUGCCUUCCAAGAAUGAAUUUUCUUGGAAUGUGGUUAUUCUUGGCCUUGUUAAAGCGGAGGAGUUGGGUGUUGCUAGAAGACUUCUGCGUGAAAUGCCACGGAAGAAUGAAGUAGUUUGGAAUGGACUUAUUCAUGGGUAUGCGAAAAUGGGAUUCCCUGGAGUGGCUUUAUGCUUGUUUAAGGAGUUUAUAUACUGGGAUUUUCAUGAGACGGGUGGUGCAUCACAUAUAGAUUCAUUUGUUUUGGCAACUGCAUUAGGAGCUUGUGCUGACACAAGAGCUGUUGAUUUGGGGAAGCAAAUUCAUGCUCGUGUUAUAGUCGAUGAAGUUGAAGUUGAUUCUGUGUUGGCAAGUUCUUUAGUUAAUAUGUAUGGAAAGGGUGGUGAUUUGGAUAGCGCGAGCUAUAUGUUGAAUAGAAUGAAGAACCCUGAUAACUUUUCCUUGUCAGCACUAAUUUCAGCAUAUUCAAACUGUGAUAGAAUGGAUGAUGCUAGAAAGAUAUUCAACCGGAUAACUGAUCCUUGUAUUGUAUUGUGGAAUUCCAUGAUAGCAGGGUAUGUGGGAUGUGAUAAAGUAUCAGAAGCAUUGUUGCUUUUUGAAGAGAUGCACAGAGAGGGAGUUAUAGGGGAUUCCUCUACAUUAGCUAGUGUAUUGAAUGCCUGUGCUAGUGCACAUGCCCUUAAAAAUUGUUUACAAGUGCAUGCUUAUGGUUCAAAGCUUGGACUGUUGGAUGACCUUAUCGUUGCUAGUGCGCUCAUUGACACAUAUGCUAAAUGUGGAUGUCCUGAUGAAGCUGCUGAAGUUUUUAAUGAACUCAAAAUACAUGAUACCGUCUUGCUAAAUUCUAUGAUUACCAUUUAUUUUAAUUGCAACAGAAUUGAAGAUGCAAGACAGUUAUUUGAGUCAAUGCCCUAUAAGAGCUUAAUAUCUUGGAAUUCUAUGAUAAUUGGUCUUAACCAAUAUGGUUGUCCAGUUGAAGCACUGGCUCUUUUCUACAGGAUGAAUAGGAUGGAUUUUAGGAUGGACAAAUUUAGCUUUUCAAGUGUGAUCAGUGCCUGUGCAAGCAUUGCUUCAGUUGAACUUGGUGAACAGAUUUUUGCAAGAGCUGUUAUCAUCGGCAUUGAUUGUGAUCAAAUAAUUUCUACCUCCUUAAUUGAUUUCUACUGCAAGUGUGGUUUUGUUACUGAUGCCAGGAAGCUCUUUGACCAAAUGAUGAAAUCCGAUGAGGUUUCGUGGAAUUCUAUGUUGAUGGGUUAUGCUACAAAUGGAUACGGAAAUGAAGCAUUGAAUCUAUUCCACGAAAUGAGAAGUGCGGGUGUUUCGCCAACCAAUAUCACAUUUAUUGGCGUAUUGUCUGCCUGUGAUCAUUGUGGUCUACUAGAAGAGGGAAAAAAGUGGUUUUAUUCAAUGAAUUACGAUUACCACAUUGAUCCAGGGAUUGAACAUUACUCCUGUAUGGUAGAUCUUUAUGCACGAGCAGGAUGUCUUGAAGAAGCUGUGAACCUCAUCGAAAAGAUGCCAUUUGAGGCAGAUUCAAGCAUGUGGUUAUCCAUUUUGAGAGGAUGUGUAGCUCAUGGUAACAAGAUACUAGGACAGCUUGUGGCCCAACGCAUUAUAGAGCUUGAUCCUGAGAAUUCAGGUGCUUUUGUGCAGUUAUCAAACAUAUUUGCUACUUCUGAGGACUGGGAAAGAUCUGCUUUGGUCCGGAGGCUGAUGAUAGAAAAGAAAAUCCAUAAGAGUUCUGGUCGAAGCUGGAGUGAUAUGUAAGAAAAAGUGCAGUAAAGGUCUCAGGAUAAUUAUUACAGCAGUGGGAGAAGAGGUUGGUAUGGUGACCGAGGUUCACCGGGAUGAGAGGGGCCUGGUCUUACCUCCUAUAGUAGCAACAACUCAAGUAAUUAUUCUUCCUGUGCCCUUCAGAGGAUGCUGACACUCAAGGGAGCUUUGAUGAAUGUUCUGCCACGGCUAAAAACUUGAAUGAAUCAGGUACGAGCUGUUCAACACUACAGUGCAGCCAAAACAGAUAUUCCAUGGCUAAAGCGAGAUGCUUGUCUUCAGGUUGUAAGAACCUGGGAUGAAUUUGCCAAAGCGCUGAACCAAAAGAUAUUGGUCUUGUCUCCUUGGUGGAUUAUGAGGAUAAAAAAUGCAUCCUUCGACUGCAUUCCUGAGUUGGUUAGGACUGCAUCUAAAGCAUCCUUCGACUGUGUUCCUGAGUUGUUGACCAACUACUUGAGUAUUAUCAUAAGAGCUACCAGUGAAAUCUCCUCUUGAGUUCGGCUGUAUGAGGAAAAAAUCCUAACAUCUAAACAAAAUGGAAUGAAAUGAGAUGUGCAGUAUCCCUACAUGAGUAGAUUUUGACUUCAUCAAUUUAGAGUAUUUUGUAGUUUGUAGAUCAUUAUCAAGUAAAAAUUAAGAAUAGAAGAAAAGAAUAUAGUCUAGUAGGGGAGUAAUAUAUAAAAGAGUCCAAAAUCGUGAGUGCCCAUACAUAUAAUUUGUAACAUAUACAAUUAUAUUCUCUCAUUUAUGUUAUCUUUGAAAAUUCCUUAUAUAAUGAAUGUAGUCACAUCCCUUUUACGGUGUCCGUGCAUGUAAAUUAUACAAAUAACUUACACCCAAAGGCAUCCAAUGAACUUCUAUGUUUCUAUCCAUGGGGCUUUUUAAUAUUCUAUUUUAUGUUUAGUCACUUUAUUUUUUAAGUUUUGAUGUACAGACUUGUAGUAUCUCUAGGUUCUUGCGUUUAGAGCUAGCUAUAUUUAAAUCAAAUUCUGAUGUCAAUAUAAGAAUUUAUUAAUGUCCAAUGCAGUUAACUAAGGUUAAUUAUUAGGUAAUCACACUGAAAAAUGUGAGAGGCACUUCGUAAAAGGUAGAAAAGUUGGAAGGCACAUAUUAAUUAUAUGACUUGAUUUUGUCAUUUUCUGUAUUAAGUUGGCUCUAAUGGGCAAACACCAAGUUCUCUUUUGGAAUAAAUAAGUAUCCGUAUAAAAAAUUAUAGUACUAGAUAGUAUCUUUAAAGUUCUUAUGAAACUUCAGGGUGGAGAUGAGUGCUUUUGGACUUUCAUGUUUGUAUCAUUCCCUAGGUAAUUUUGAUUGCCUUUUGGGCGGUCUUUCAACAACUUUGUCCACCAAUAAUUCAAUCUUUGGUUCCUCUUUUUACUUAUGUUAAAUAUAAAUGGUAAUAUUAUCUCUGAUUCAUAUUUUGUCUUCUAAGUUUUUGUGUACGUCUUUUAGAAAGAUAUUUUUCAAUCUUAAUCAUACGAUUAUUUGUUUAUACUGUCAUAGACGUCUCACUUAAUGAACACUCUACUAAUUGGAGCAGUAAGGAUGAAUUUGAGAAAAAGUAAUGCUCUAAUUUAUUUUUUUUAAAAGUCAAAUAUUUGAAACAAAUUCAGUUUGUCAAAAUGAAUCAUGCUUAGAACUAGUUCAUGUCCUUGAGACAGUAGAACUCCAACAGUGAUUUGCAACUAGGGCAAUAGAAAAGUAAUAUCAUAUCUUAGAGCCCACUGCCCAAUAAAUCAACUUUGAGAGGAUCCCAGAUCAUAACCUGUAAAAGACCCUUUAGAAAAAAGCAUGACAUAAUUAAAAUAAAGUACUUAAGAUAAUAAACAAUCAUAACCACCAAGGGAAUUUUUGUCUACUUCCUAACAUGCCAACCUGUACAUAUUUACAUUACCACUCACUCAAUUCAUAUAAAUUGUCAAACCUUUUGCUCACCUUUAAUCAUAGCCCCUCUUAGAUCAAUCUCUCCCUUUUUAUCUUUUUUCUCUCCACACUCAUUAUUGUUCAAAAAAAGAGAGAUAAAGAGCCUAUGUGCUAUUGAUUUCUUCAUCAUUAGCAAGAGAAAAAGAAUUGAAGUAAACUGAAUUUUAGUUCUGAGAUAAUGGCCAGCAGCUUUUGCUUUCUUGUUGUAGCAACACUCAUUAUGUGCAUAUUCAUGGCCACAACACCUUUAGUAGUGUCACUGAAUGUGGAGAGGAAGUUAAUAUCAGCAACCCCAGUAGAGUUUCUUGCAAAUCCUCCGGUGCCAGUGGCAUCUCCAUUCUCCGAGAUUUCUCCAGAUAUUGCACCUCUCUUCCCUUCUUCUGGUGGUGUGGUGCCUCCUGUUUCUUCUGUGCCAACUAUUCCUUCUAAUCCUAGUAAAAAUCCAGAUGAUGUGAUGUACCCUAUUGACCCUGAUUCUGCUGCUCUUGGACCUUCUGCUUUUUCACCUGUUUCCUCUGCUGUUUGUUGUGUUUCUCUUGCAACAUAUCUGAACAUUUCAGUACUGCUUCUAGUAAUCGGCUUAUUUUAUUCGAGUUAGACAUUUGAUAUCCGAAAUUCACUGAUUCAAUUGGAGGUUCAUUAUGGGGUAUUAGCGCUUAGAUGAGAAGUUUGUAUAAUAUCAUCAACUGCGUUGUUCAGCACUAUAACACGCAGUUUCAAUCUUGUAUAAGUUGAUUCACUCUGAAAUUCACUUCUUUUACUAGGGAUAAAUGAUAGUAUAAGUUCUUUUAUUGUCCAAUGGUAUUUGUUUCGAUUGUUGUUGGAAAUUAGAGACGACGGAGCUAGAGUUCUAGCUAGGGAUUCUGCAGUUUUGGCAAAUCAUUAUGUUUGUAUUAAGAAAUGAUAUAUAUAAAUUUACUUCCUCCGAUUCAUAUUA